AUGUAUAUGAAAACUCAGUAGCCUCUACACACUCAACAAUAGCUGCCCAAUCACAAUAACUUUGCAAAUCACCACCAUGCCCCUGUCCCUCAGGACUCCUUUAAAGUUUACAAUCAACAGAGACAACCUCCAAUGAAUGUACCUCCUUAAAAUCAACCUUUCAAUAUUCCUCAACAAUAAAAUCACCAACAUCAAUAGCAAUAGAUUAUUCAUUAAUAACAAUGGAGUGGAGCACAAUAGUAGCUAUAAAAUCCGACGAUUGGGCAUCAGCAAUAGAUGCAUAAUAAUCACGGACCUGCAAAUAUGAGUUAGCAUCAAUAAUAGCAUCCUCAAACUAUUCAAUUACACCAGCAGCAGAAUUAAUUGAAUAACCCACAUUAGCAAAUUAAUUCUUUCUAAUAGACACCUCAACAAUAACAGCCAAUCGCUUAGUAACAAAAUUUCAAUAAUGAAGAACCUGAUUAAGGAGAUAUUAUCGGAGUAAUUAAAAUUAAAGACGGAAUCUUUAUUUGCGAUGAAUUCGGCGCUCAAGAUCUAGAAUUUGUUGUUGCAAAUAAAGUUACAAGAGUAGUUAAUACAGCUGGAAUGCAACUCCCAAAUCAUUGGGAACCAAUAGGUGUAUUGUAUCUUACACUGAACUGGCAAGAUGACGAAAAGUAAACUUUAUUUGAUUCCUAAGAAAAAAUCCCUGAUGAGAUUUAUAAAUUCAUGGAGGAAGCAAUAGAUAAUCAAGAAUCAGUACUCGUUUAGUCAGUCAAGGCUUAAAAUAGAGCAUGCUUUGUUAUUGCAGCUUUUAUAAUGAGAAGAUAUCGAUGGAGUUUGCUAAAAACUCUAGAAUUCUUGAAUUCUCGUAGACCCGAUUUAGAGAUGAGACCCAGCUUCUUGAGUCAACUAUCUUAAUAUGAAAAUAGAUUGUAUCAAAGAGGUUUAGGGCCAAAGACUCAAAGAUGGACAGAGCUUUCUGAUAAUAAUAUCCAUCUUGAAAAUGAAGAGUUGAUACUUAGAAAUACUUAUCUAAAUUCUUAAAUGGCUCCUAUUGCUGAUCUUACCGGAAUAAAUACCGAUGAGGAUAAAAGUUUCACAUUAAAGUGGGUUGAUGAAAAUCUUCACUAAAAAAGACCUUUAGCUGAAGAGGGGCCUGAUGACGAAGAUCUAGUUAACAAGAUAAAUCCUCCCCCUAUAAUGAAUCACAAGGAAAAGAGAUAAGUUAAAUCGAUAGUUAAAGGCUCAAGACUAAAUCACACUUAAAAGCUCAUGAAUUAGCAAUAAUAAUAGUAAUAGCAAACGUAAUAACAAUAAAUUCAUCUCACAUAAUAAUAAGUUUAGUAGAUUAACUCACAACCAGUCUUGAGUGUGCCAAAAUCUAAAUUCUUAGCAAAGACAUCCAAUACUCAAUAAACUCCAGUUGUUAAUAUUCCCAAUCAAUAAUAACCAACUGGAUCAUAGUUGAACUUCAACUAAGAUUAAGAAAACUUGAUGAUGAUAAAUUAGCCAUCAAAUCAAUCUAACUUUGCAAACUAUCAAGCAUAGAUAAAUAACAUGGAACCUAAGAAGAGAGAGCUAACUUAAAAAAUUCCACAAAAAACAACUCUUCCAAAUGAUGAUAAAUCAACUAUCAAUAUGUCUUCAAUGUCUUCAUAGCUUGAGAAUAUCAUGAAUGACAAUCCACCUCAUCAUUAGACAUAGUAAAAUCCAUUAUAACAAGCUAUUAGUGGUCCCUAAAAGAUCACAAAUCUUAACACUCAACAAAAUCCGAUAAAUCAAACCCUUAUUAAUUAGUAAGCCCUUUAGCAAAAUAAAAUUAGAGGAAUUUCUCCAAGUGUUUAACAAAAGUAGAAUUAGAAUGAUACUGGCUCCUCAGCAAAGAAGAGACCUUCAUCAGGAAACAAUUAGAAUUAAGGUUAAACCUAGAUGGGAUAUAGCUAUCAAAAUUAGAAUCAAACUUCUGCCUAAGACAUGAAAAGGACAACUGCUCAGAUGAACAAAUAUACUCCUACUUCUGUGAAUUAAGGCAGUUCAAUGACUGGAUUAUCUCACCAAUAGUAAAGACCAGGUUCAGUCCCAAAGCGACCACAUACUCCAACUUAAAAUUUUACUUAAAAUAAUACUUCUACUAAUCAAAGCUCUACAUCAAAUAGUUUCAUCCUAAAGAAUAAUCAAAACAAUAUGAUUGCUAAUAAUUCUUCUUCAAACUUAGCAUAGAAGUAGAACGAUUAAAAUGCUCAAAACACCAGCGGGAUUUAACAACAAUCAUAGCCAAAUACUUAGUCUAAGAAUAUGCUUAACUCCUUUAGAAAUGGCCCGAUCAAGAUCAUGAAUAGCAAUACUACCACAGGAGGAGGGCUAAACACAAACUAUAGCAAAAACGAUAGUCAAACCAGGCCGAUAUCUUCAUCAGGAAACGCUAACUAAAUGCUUGCUUCAAGUUCAGCUUCAAAACUUGGCCCAAACAAAUCAGGUUAAACGAGACCAUCAAGCGCACCAGCUAAAAGACCAUCUAGUCCAAGUCAAUCAAAUAACAUGACUAACACCUCUAACACCACUUAAAAUCGUGUUAAAUACAAUCCCUCAACAAAUAGUAAUAUGACUAGAUCAGCUGUUUUCAAGCAUGGUCAAUAGCUUAUGACUGGUGGAAGUAACGGAAGCAAUUUAUCAAACACAAAUGGAAUACAAAACAACACCAACAACAACACAGCAGCAGCUGCAAAUGGAGCUAAGCCAGGCUUAAAUCCAACCCUUAGAGGGUAUUCUCCCAGCAAAUUAAGGUGGAAGCAAUAAACCGGAUAAAAUCCUCCUACUCAAUAAUAAUUUGGCUAGAGUAACCCUAAUACUUAUACAAGAUCAACAAAGCACAUUCCGUCUUAUAAAUAAUGA